AUGACGGUCCAGUGCUCCAACAUGAAAACGACCAAGUGUUCGAUCACGACCAAGUGCUGGAAACACUGCCCAGUGCUCCAACGAGUGAUCUUCUCCGACAGAGGUGAAGAUCUCCAGCAGUGGCUUCAAUGUCUCCAGGGUGACUUGGCGGCAUCCGACCUGAGGACCGACUCUUCCAGCGAUCCGGACUCCCCGCGGGCCUCCCACGAGGGACGCGGGCGACCAGAGACCUCGACCAGAGUGGAGGACUCUGACCUAGAACCGGUCCCAGAGGCAGAGCAGCACCGGCCCUGGUCCACGAAUCCCGGGACACCGAGACCACGGAAAGGAGAAACCCUGGGGAUUGUGAAUUCAAGACGACAGAGCAGUUCUGUCCACUUUGUGGAAGAUAUGUCGGUUCUUCACAGCACAUCUGGAAGGAGUCCAAGGUAUUCCCCGGCCAGGCCACUGUGUUCCUUCCCAGAGCCAAGCCACCGCUUUGAAGAAUUUUGGUCUUUUGAGUGGGAAUUGUUUUCUCUUCCAAGUGCACAUGAUAGCUGGGACUGCCUCAGAUACCACCCCAGACCAAACAGUGCCAUGAAGAGGAGUGUAGAUGUCUUCCAGAGUGAGAGACAGAAGAAUCCACAAAUGUCCCCAGGAGAGGUGGACAAGGACAAAGACAGCAAUGUGGAGGAGCCAGACCAACCCUCCACAGGCUUGCUCAGCACCUGGAAGAAAGGACAGGAACUUGAGACCUAUGAUGGUGGAGACUGUCCUGACCCUGAUCCUGCUUCUGACCAUCCCAGGUGCCUAAGCUGCUGGCCAUGGCUUCAAAGGGCUUUUGGCAGGAAGAGAAAAACCCAACAGAAUCUCAGGAGACCUGAUGCCUGCUAAGACUUGCAAUUAGGGGGUUGUCUGUCAGCUCCA